UCUUGUUCUUCCCUGCAAACAAACUAUCUUAUACUUCCAAUCGAUCUGGGUGUCUAGUUAUUUUUUUUUUUUUAAGUCAUGCGGUACAUUUGCAGGACCUGCUCGCGAAUGGCCGAUCCUGCGGCAGCCAAGGAUCUUUUCGAGCCAUCGAGUUCCUCCGUUUUGCAGCAAAUUGAGACCCUAAUCAAUUUGCAGCUAAAGGAGGACGAGAAGCUGCCCAGGUUUAUGUGCCAGGAGUGCCAGCACGACCUGCAGAUUGCCAUCGACUUUCGCCGGGUUUGCAUCGAGGCCCAGGAGCUCCUCGAACUUCAGUUGCGGCAGGUGGCCAAGGAGGAGGAGGCUUUCGAGGACCUGGCGGAGCAGUGGUUGGACGACUGUCCCGAGGAAUACUCCAACUUGUCGCCGCUGCGACAGAACGAUGAUGGUUCAGUUGAGUCCCUCCACCGUCUGGAGCCACAGGAUGGGGAUUUUGUGGACACAAUGUCGAUGGAUUGCAAGGGUGAAUUUCCACCAGAAGAUAGUCCAAAUGUGGCUCCGGAGUUUCCUACGUAUAGCCAGUUGUGUGAGAAGUUCGACCUGCAACUCUCGCCGGAACCGGAACCUCCGAGUCCCCAAGAAAGUGAAGGCAACGAUAAUCCAGACUCCUCCAUUCACACCUGCAGCAAAUGCGGCCUCGAAUUCGACGUGGACGAACUGACGUUGCACAAGUACCAUCUGCACGAUGUACCUCCAAAUACCAAAUUCGUUUGUGGCCACUGCAACGAGGGCUUCCGAUCGGCAGCCGCCCUUACGAGGCACUGCAAAAUGCUAGAUCUUCCAUUGACACACACGUGCACCAUGUGCCGCCACAAAUCCUACAACAAGAUCCUGCUGGAGAUCCACGAGGAGCGGUGUCAGAAGCCUCCGGCCGAACAUGUGUGCCAUAUAUGCGGCAAGCGGCUGACCACGUCCUUCAACCUGAAGAACCAUCUGGUUCGCCAUACGGGAACUCGACCACACAAGUGUGACCAGUGCGACUCCUCCUUCGCCGUCGCCGCGGAACUCAGUUCGCAUCGGAACCACACAACCGAGCGUCCCUACACCUGUCGCUAUAACUGCGGGAAAACCUUCCGAUUCUGCAGCGCCCGCAGCAUGCACGAAAGAGUUCACAUGGACGCCAGCAAACGUAUCUACAAAUGCGAGUAUUGCCCCAAGUCGUAUGUUACUCCAGGUGACUGCAGGACCCACCAAAAGUAUCACAACUUGUCGCGCGAUCACAGCUGCGACGUAUGCCAUAGUUUCAAGACACUCAAACACUAUAAAUCUCAUGCGAAGUCAAACGCCCACAAGACACUGGAAGCCCGUGCUAAGGCUGCCAAAUCCUAAAUUCCUUCAUUCCGUCACGAAAAGUAUUCCUCGAAUUGAUAUUAUUAUAGUCUGCUGCAUUUUAAUUAUACAUAUAUAUGUAUCUAACUUAUAUAAAUAAAGCUUCCGUUCCAUA